GUUGCAUGCCUUUGACAACUCAACACGCACUCUCUCCCCGCCCCUCCCCAAUGCAUUUUUAUAUUUAAAAAUAAAAACUAAUUUUUUGAGAGGUAUAUUUAUUGUUAGAUGUCACACUUUUCUUGCUAACUUGAUAGUUCGACCCCUUCUUUUUCCUUUCUUUCUUUGUGCAGAAAGUAACAACAAUGGAGGCCAAAAAUUCAACACCACCAGUUGAUGGAAACAACACCGAAGCACGACCUGAGAUACAGAAUAACGACCAGCAACCUCAAAUGGUAACGCCAUUACGAACUCGAAGGCCUCAAACAGAAGUCUUUGUAUAUUUUGCAAACCCAUUUGACUUCCAACUACCAAGCGAUUGGACAGUUGAAGUGAGAAGACGUCCUGUCGGAAAAUAUACCGGAAAACUUGACAAGUUUUUCUACGAGCCAAAGACAGGAAAGCAGUUUCGAUCACUCACAAGUGCUUGGAAACGUGCUUACGUACAAGGAAAUCAAAAUGUGCCAACCCGGCCAAAUGAGCAUGCUAAGGAUUCACCAAAUUCCAAAUGCAAAUCGAAAAAGAAGAUGAAAAGUUUAUGUUUUGACUAUGCAAAUCCCCCUGAGAAGAUUACUUGGGCUCUUACUAAUGCUGAAAAGGAUGAAUGGAACCCAUUUGUUGAAGAAACAAUGGUUCCAGAUCUCAUAAAAGCCCACUGGUUUGCAACAUUUGUUUUUAUUGCCAAUGGAAAUGGCAAUGCAUCAAGUUCUAGAGCUAACCAAUGCUAAUAAGUUGGAAGCAAAUAUAUGGGAAGCUGCCUAGCAAGAAUAUGAAGGAGUUGGAUACAACUAGGGUUGAUGAAAUCUUAUGAUUGUCUCCUUUCUUAAGACUCAACUAAGCCAGUAAUUUUCAGAUUGAAUAUUUACUAUUUUUGUUGGCAAUGAUACUAUUUUGAGUUUCCUUUUCA